AUUGAAAAAAAAAUUUUCAAUAGUUAAUUAAAACUAUAAACUGAUGUACAACACAUGAAUUACAUGCUAAUUAUGCGCUAAAACUAGCGCUGUUUGCAAUUAUUUCGCUUAUUUUAUCUUCUGUCAGUUAUGACACAAUAAAAUUUUAUACAAUUGCUAACACUGUACCGGAAUUCAUUUUCGUUUCAAAAUUACUCAUCACUGAUGUUAUGAUCGUAUAGCUUUAAAUAUAACUCGUCUGCCAAUCACAGUGUUAUCAAAAAUAUAUACACCCGUGAAAAUAUUUUCCAUCCAAUAAUAGAUAGUCAAUUUUCAUAGAAGUAUAUUGCAUAAUUUAGAUGGUUUUCCAAUUCAUGAUACGUAUUACAUUCCGAUACAUAUAAUAAUAAAAGAGAUGAAUUGAAGCAAUCUCGCAUUGCUUACCUUGUAUCACGUUUCUGUUAGUUAAGUAAUACACAGUCUCGUCAAUCGCAAUUUUUCGAUAUUAUGCUUUUUAUGGCAUCGCUUCAUUCACACUGGAAUUGUUGAGUAUUUUACGAAUGUCAAACCUCAUACUUGUAACUAUGAAAUUCGAAAAUCCAAAUUAAUAUUCUGACACUCUCUGAUUAGUUGACACAUAUGUAGCCACCGGUAUGUUUUUAAAUGCUUUCAGUAUUGGCGAUUUUUUAUGAUUCUUCAAUUACAAAAAAUCUAAUGUUUCAUCUAAUGGCUUGAUAAAUUACAAAUGUAUAAGACUGUUUAAAAAUAUGGUUAUUUAAAAUAACAACCCUCUAUAAGUAUCUAUGGCAUUAGUAUUAUUUAUAAAUUCCUUUUCAAAAAAGUUUUACCUAAACUGCACCUAGAGUAUUUUAUAAUCUUACCUUUACAUUGUAAAACUUAAAAAUUAAGAACAACUUCCGCAAAACUAAAAAAAUAAAAUUGCUUUAACAAAUGGUAACAACUCUAAUUUAAAAGUUGCUUUCAUAAAAUAAUAAGAAAAAACAACAACAAAAAGACAACAUAAAAGCAACAGUACUAUAAAAUAGUAGUCCAUAUGAAAAUUACAUUUAUGUUACAACCCACACCCUAGUCCCACGAGAGAGACAAGAUUGCCUCAAUCUAUAGCACUGACAAAAAACAAAAAGCCUGUAAAAGUUAUGUACUACAACAUACAUUAACGUAUAUUAAAAGAAACAUUAGUAAAUUUUAUUAGCAAAAACGUUACAGAGAGUAAUACGCAGUAAAAUUUUAUUAGCAUCACCAAGCGUCUGUAAGGUAUAAUAUCCGUAAAAGUUCAGCCGAUUUUUGCGUUCAGGCUUCAGUGUGGUCUCAUCUUCGGAAGCGUUGUGACGUUUGAUAAACGCCUCCUUAAAGUUACGUUACUCAUAUAUAGAUCAAGCUUAUAAGUGAAUUUUAUAUGUAACAAAAAACUUCUCUACUGUAACUUACUAAAGUGUUAUGUUUGAACUUUUUAUGACUUUGAAGUGACUUGCACGAAAGAGAUAUCGUCACUCAACACUUAUGAAGCGAAAAAUAUGUUUGACUCCAGAUUUCACGUGUGACGACGACAUGGAGGAGCUUAACGUGGCAGCUUUGUCACAUAGAAAGGAGUCAGCGGCGCCAUUGACGGGAGAAAGACCGGGCACCAUAUUCGGCAUUGUUUUAUCAUAUCCUCUUGCUGUAGUCUUAAGACUUCGCGUUUUACAGAUUGUAUGUGGGAUUUCCACUAUGGUAAUGGGCAGCGUCGCCUUUAUAGAGGAAAGACAAAAAUUUAACAUGGGCCUUGGAAUACCAGCCGGCAGCUUUAGUGUUGUAGCAGCUGCUGUUUCCAUACACACGUCUCGCGGAUGGGGUGUCACAAGCGGAGCAGGUGCGGGUGCGGCGGCAGCGCUAUUAUGGGCAGCGACAGGAUGCUUUCUAGUAGCGUUGGUGGUACAAUGCUUUAGAACUAUAUUAGAUCCUCCAGGAUUCAGCCACGGACAAGAUCAAGAUGAAGACUCAAGACCAUCAUCUCGGGAUCUCGUUGUAAUCGCAUGCGUGCAAAUAGCGCUCGCUGCUGCCACUCUACUGAGUGCCCUUGUUUGCGCAAGAAUUGAUUGCAGCGCAUGACGCGAGCCUGCGGGUCCUCUCGCUAGACGACGUGUCAGCGAGGCCCCCUUACCCGCUUCUACUAUCGCGUCCGCCCCGAUUGCAGCAGCACCCGAAAACGAGCGUGAAAAAGGCGGUCGCGUUGCCUGGCUCAUAUAAACGGUUAAAGUGAAGUUGGUGAUUGCAUUUGCAAUAUCUUUUAUUGGAUAAGAGUGCAGUUUGAUAUCAUUCAAUAUGAGAAGAUAUUUUAUACAGCAUUGACUAUUUUGGAUAAAGUUAAUGAGUGAUAAAAAAAAACAGAAUAGUUUUCAUAUUUUUUUUAGUUGACAUUAUUACAUUUACAUCUUAAUGUUAUCUUAACUUGUAUGGAUCAUAAUAAUACCACUAUUCGUUGUUAUAAUGUUUGUAAUGUUAAUGUUAAAUUUAUUGUGUUUUUAUUAUUAAAUUAAAUUAAAAUAUUUUCAAAGUGAUAACACUAUAAAUGUUUCAGUGAUAACAUAUUUGUUUUCUAUUCAGAUAUUUGUAAUAGUAAUCUUAACAAUCUCAUUAAAUUCAACGGUAGAUUAUUAGUGAAAUAAAAAAAUUUAUAAGGUAAAGAGAAUUUAUAUGCUCUGUUAAUAUUAUUAAUUUAAAUAUGAUUUUUUUUCGAAACUACCAUGAUUUUUGGAAAAAAAUCACAUUGCAUGUUGUAUAUACAUUUCAUAAAUUAUAAAUAUCGAUAACAAAUAUAGUAACUAUUUAUUUGUCUACUAAAACCAAAUGUUAUU